UCUCUGUGUGGCUGUUUCCUCUCUGUGCUUGCACCCCUUGCAGUCAGGCGGGUGUGCUGUGAGGCAGCCGGCGGGGCUGAGACCUCGGUCUUCCCCAGGGAGCGUCAGCCAACAUGAGCCUGGGAUGGAUAUGCCUCACGCUCCUCACACCUCUGCUGGCAGCACAGCAGCAGGACAGCCCAGGCACCAACAGCCCCACAGUACUGCUGGAAACAGAAGGAUGCCAGAAGCCCCAGUGGAACAAGGUCCACUUUAACCCAAAGAAGAAGAAUUACAGGCUUAAUGAAGAGGUGACACUGACCUGUUCUGCCAAUAGUCUCCUUCCCCUUGCUGUGAUCAGAUGUGCAAAAGAAAUGUCUCCAGGUUGGAAGAAUGCUUGGGAGGUGAAGGACAUCGAGGGAGCAUGGCAGCGGGUGGUAGUGAGCCUGACCUGCCCCACAGGGAGGUGCCCAAAACCACAGUGGGAGGGAGGAGUCCAGUUUGAACCUAACAAAACUUUUUACAAACUGAAUGAAGAAACGACACUGAAGUGCACUGGAGACCUCCAGCCAUCCUUCCCCGAGGUCAAAUGUGCAAGGCAAUUUCUGCGAAUAGAUGAAAGUUCUGGAAAAGCAGCCUAUGGAGAUGCCUGGUGGGGCAGGAACAGCACAGGUGCCUGGAUAUACAUUGAGGGAGCCGUAGUGUGUGUUGGGAGAUGCUCAAAACCCCAGUGGGAUGAAAGACUCCAGUUUGUACCAAGCAAAAACAGUUAUGAAGAGAACGAAGAACUGACGCUGAACUGCUCUGGAGAUCUCGAGCCGUCCUACACCAAGGUCAAAUGUGCAAGGGAAUUUCUGGGAAUCAGUUCUGGAGAAGCAGUCUAUGGAGAUGCCUGGUGGGGCACAAACAGCACAGGUGCCUGGACAUACAUUGAGAGAGCCGUAGAGUGUAUUGAAACGUGCAAAAGGCCCAGCUGGGACCCCAGACUCCAGCUGGCACCUGACCGGAAGAAUUACAAGAAAAACGAAGAAGUGGUGCUGAGCUGCCCUCAGAAUUUCCAGCCAUCUUUCAGCCAUGUCAAAUGUUCAAGCGAAGUCCAAAGCACCAGAGGUGGGAAAUCAGUAUACAGAGAAGACUGGCGUGGGAAGGACAGCAGAGGUGACUGGAUCCACAUUCAAGUCAACGUUGAGUGCAUUGAGAUCCUCCAGGUUGUCUCUGAGAUUUCCAGCACCAGCAUCACACUGAACUGGACCUGCAGGCUCCCUGAUGCCUGCCAGCACAUGCGGGCCACGUGCCAUCUGGCCUUGCCUUCCUCCCCUCCCUGUGAGGCUGAGGAGGUACAGGGAGAGGAGAUGCUGCAAGGCCAGGAGGGAACAUUCAUUGCCGGGCAAGACCAGUGA